GUAACGAUGACGGAGACGGCGAGCGAGAUCAAGCUCUUCGGCAAGUGGACCUACGACGAUGUGGAGGUGAACGACAUCUCCCUCGAGGACUACAUCGCCGUCAAGGGCAAGCACAGCGUGUACCUGCCGCACACGGCGGGCCGCUACCAGAAGAAGCGCUUCCGCAAGGCGCUCUGCCCGAUCACGGAGCGCCUCGUCUGCGCGCUCAUGCGCAAGGGCCGCAACAACGGCAAGAAGCUCAAGGCCGUGCGCAUCGUGCAGUCGACCCUCGAGAUCGUCCACCUCCUCACGGACCAGAACCCGGUGCAGGUCCUCGUGCAGGCGAUCCUCCAGUCGGGCCCGCGCGAGGACUCGACGCGCGUCGGCUCCGCGGGCGUCGUCCGCCGCCAGGCCGUCGACAUGUCGCCCUUCCGCCGCGUGAACAUGGCCCUCUACCUCCUCUGCACGGGCGCCCGCGAGGCCGCCUUCCGCAACGUCAAGACCAUCGCCGAGUGCCUCGCGGACGAGGUCAUCAACGCGGCCCGCGGCUCCUCCAACUCCUACGCCAUCAAGAAGAAGGACGAGAUCGAGCGCGUCGCCAAGGCCAACCGGUAAACGCGCCGCCCGCCCAGGGCGCCGCGGCCGGCGCCGCCGCGGCAGUCGACGCCCGCCGCCUCUAAAUCUCUCCUAUC